CUAGAAUUGUUUGGGUGGGGAAAUCAUGGCUGUCUGCAACAUUAUGGGCAACCGACACUCCCUUACUUACAGUGACUCUGCCGAAAUUUGUCAGGGCGUGGCUUAAGUAAGCCGAUACUGUACGUAUUUAAUGGACUCGCUCGAUUGUCUCGUUCCCCCAUUGAUCCUCUUCAUCAUUCCGCAAUACAUGGUUCAGCUCAUAAACGCUAUUUGUCUCGCAACUACCCAAAUGCCAACAAUAACUCUUCAUUCCAAAUUUGCCAGUCCCACCACCUUAUCAAUGGCGUUAACCGAACUGGUUGGGGAUUUUGAAGUGCAGUUACGCCAAAAUGUUUACUAUAUAAGCUCAACGAAGGAUAUCAGUAGAGACGAGCUUAUACGGACUUGUGAGAGGAUGCGGAUGAGAUCUAUUACAAGCACAUCAUAGAAGGGUUAGCUGCAACAGAUAUGAUGGAAGACACUAUCGAUUACAAAAUCAUGUAUUAUUACUUGAUCUCCUGGCAUGAGUACUGAAUACUACGGGUCAAUUUUCACGCACCUUGGCCGUUAUUGGUUGUUUUGGAUGAGGUAUUCGUCACAUGGCAACUCUUAUAUCAUCGUUACUUGUGCAUCCGGAUGCAGAUGGCCAUUUAGGCAUAGGAUUUACACAGUCGCUCUCUGUUGGGAUACAUGUUGGACAUAUUUUGGAUCAAAUUAACACAGCCUAACCUAAGAAGUGGAAUAAUCUUGUAAAGCAUUAUCUCAGUCAGGAGGCCCAGAUAACAAACAGAAUGCUAUAGAGAUGAGCUCUAAAUCGGUUGGGUGCAUCUUUACUACUUUUCAGCAAGCAGUCCAGAGGAUAGUACAAAUUUUACACCAUCAUCAUCGUCUC